AUGACGGGGUUUACGGGUUUGGAGCUAGAGGCCGACGCUAGCGACGACCAAGUAAAGUUGGUUUACGGACGUUUAGUGAAGAGUUAUCUCCUUGAUGUUUAUGAUGGCACAUGGUCUCUUGAAGGAGGAGAAACCAAUGAAGCUCGGUUUAUCAAGAUUCAAGCAUCCUAUGAGUUGCUCAUAGAUAGUGAGAAGAGAAGCGAAUAUGAUAUGGAAAACCGAGCCAAUCCAAUAAAGGCAUCUCAAGCAUGGAUGGAAUGGUUAACGAGAAGACGCAAGGCUUUUGAUCAACGAGGUGAUAUGACGAUCGCUGCUUGGGCUGAACAACAAAAUCGCGAGUUAAAUAUUCGAAUGUGUGCUCUCUCUGGUUCGAAGGUAUUUUAUAUUAAGAAUAAUCUGAUUUCUUAA